AUGGAGAAACAAAUACAGACCUGUGAGCACAACGAUCGGGAAAGGAUGAUCACUGGAACCUGGGUCACCGACGAGGUCAAAAAAGCCGUAGAAAAGGGUUACGUGAUGGAUAAGAUUUUCGAAGUGUGGCAUUUCGAUCGCAUAUCACAAUACCAUCCACUAACAAAAUCGGGCGGAGCAUUCACCGACUAUGUCAAUACAUUUCUCAAAAUGAAGCAAGAGGCAUCCGGUUGGCCAAAAUGGUGUCAAACGGAAGCAGACAGAUACAAGUACAUAGAGGAAUAUCACCAAAGAGAAGGAAUUCGUCUCGAAUAUGCUAACAUCGUAUCGAACCCAGGUCUCAGAGCGCUGGCAAAACUGAUGCUCAACAGUUUUUGGGGUAAGUUCGGUCAGCGAGAAAACAUGCCCAAAACAACAUACGUGACCGAUCCCUGCGAAUAUUUCGAUAUGUUGACUGGCAAUCGCCAACAGGUCAAAGACGUCAGCUAUGUGUCCGAAGAAAUGGUACGACUCCAGUGGGUCUUAGACGAUGAUUUCGUGGAGUCCAGCGGCCGAACCAACGUCGUCAUCGCAGCGUACACUACGGCACAGGCUCGUCUAAAAUUAUACUCCUGUCUGGAAAAAUUAGGCGACCGGACUCUAUAUGCUGACACAGAUUCGGUCAUCUUCACCGCACGGACGGGGGAAUGGUCGCCGCCUCUGUGUGAUUACUUGGGGGACAUGACAGACGAGACCCCCGGUAAGAAAAUCCUUUCCUUUGUCACCGGUGGACCGAAAAAUUAUGCGUAUACCGCCCAAGACCAAGAUGGGAAGAUAAGUACCUGUUGCAAAGUUAAAGGCAUCACAUUGAAUUACAAGAACAGUUUGGAUAUCAACUUUGAUACAAUCAGAAAUAUGAUCACCUCCAGCGAAGCGUCUGUCGUCACGGUCCGGAACGAUUACAAAAUUGCCCGAGAUUCCAAAACCACAGAAAUCAUCACCAGAAAGGAAAAUAAAGACUACAAACUUGUUUUUGACAAAAGAGUCUUGCAAAGUAGAUUGAUAUCGGUACCAUACGGAUAUUUGAAUGUAUCAUAG